AUGGCCUGGAUGGACAAACACAAUCUGACAAUGUUGAAUGAAUUCAUCUUAAUAGGAGUCACCGAUCUCCCUGAGCUGCAGGCCUCAUUAUUUGGACUCUUUCUCACUAUUUACAUGGUCUCAGUGGUGGGGAACUUGGGCUUGAUCAUCCUCACCAAAAUAGACUCUAGGCUACAAACACCCAUGUACUUCUUCCUCAGACACCUGGCUUUUGCUGAUCUUAGUUAUUCAACAUCAGUGGGACCCAAAAUGCUUGUAAAUUUUGCUGUAAAUCAGCAUACAAUCUCUUACAACUGGUGUGCUACCCAGCUCACUUUCUUCAGUCUCUUUAUCAUUAGUGAAAUUUUCAUUCUGUCAGCGAUGGCCUAUGACCGCUAUGUAGCCAUUUGUCACCCCCUGCUCUACACAGGCAUCAUGUCACAAAGGUUAUGUCAGGCACUAGUGCUCAUCCCCUAUCUAUACAGCCUCUUUUUGUCUUUGCUGACCACCAUAGAAAUUUUUACCUCAUCAUUUUGUGAUCAUAAUGUCAUUAGUCAUUUCUACUGCGAUAGUCUGCCCUUGAUAUCUUUGCUUUGCUCUGAUACACAUGAAAUUAAAUUGAUAAUAUUGAUCUUUUCAGCUUUUAAUUUAGUUUCCUCUCUUUCGAUAGUUCUUUUGUCCUAUGUUUUGAUCCUUGUUGCCAUUCUCAGGAUGAACUCAACGGAAAGUAAGCACAAGGUUUUCUCUACCUGUGGAUCUCACUUGACAGUGAUAGUCAUAUUCUAUGGUACUCUAUUCUUUAUGUAUGUGCAGCCCAAAUCCAGUGAUUCAUUUGAUACUGAUAAAAUGGCUUCUUUAUUUUAUACUUUAGUAAUACCCAUGUUGAAUCCUAUGAUCUACAGUAUGAGAAACAAAGAGGUAAAAAAUUCCCUACCUAGAACCUGGGGAAUGUGUGCAACUAUUCUAGUUAAAAUUCACUGUAGGAUAUGCUAA